UAUAUUGCGCUACCGUAUAACGAGCAACCCGUCGCGGGCACGUUCAGAUUUCCGCGGAUACAACCUAUCAAGUCAGCAUUGAGUAUGUAUGAGUCUAAGCAGGUGACAACGAGCGCAUUGAAUAAGCGGCAGGGCUUUGGGAGCAGCGGCAAGACAAGAAAUGCAGGUGCCGUACGACUCGGUCGCGCCUCAAUACUUGCGCCCAAACCGGUGCAAGUCCCUCCCUUUUGCGUUGCAUUCCCUGUGGUCACCAUGCCGAAGCAGAUUACCGAGAUCAAGGACUUCCUCCUGACCGCCCGUCGCAAGGACGCGCGGUCGGUGAAGAUUAAGAAGACCGGCAGCACCACCAAGUUCAAGGUCCGCUGCUCCAAGUACCUGUACACGCUCUGCGUGGCUGACUCGGACAAGGCCGACAAGCUCAAGCAGUCGCUGCCCCCGGGCCUGAACGUGACCGAGCUGUAAGCGGGAAGCGGAUGGAUGGAAUAGCAAAACCCAGGGAGUGAAUGUAACGCAGGACACGUGUGGC